AUGAAAGCAAUUAAUGCUGAUCAAGAAGAAACUCAAUAUGAAGAAGACAUCAAGAAAAGAAUUUUGGCUAAAGCUUUAGAAUUUGUUCAAAAGAGUGGAUGGUCCGUAGAAUCCUUAGCACAAGGAGCAGAAGCUGCAGGUUACCCUGGUAUUGCUCAUGGACUUUUUCCAAAUGGAGGAGGAGACUUAGUGCAUUUUUUCAAUGUAACAUGCAAUGAAAGUCUUGUUGAGGAAAUGAAAACCUGGCCGAAAGAAGAUUUAAAAGAAUCAAAAGUACCAGCUCAACAAAUAGAAAAUGCAAUCAUGACUAGGCUUUUAAUGAUUGAUCCAUACAAGAGCACAUGGCCGAAAGCUAUGGCAAUACAAACUUUACCUAACAAUGUUCCGAAUUGCUUAGCAACACUCCUUUCACUGGUUGACGAUAUCUGUUACCACACAGGUGACCGAAGCGUAGAUUUCAAUUGGUACAUUAGAAGAGUGGGUUUGGCUGGUAUUUAUAAGGCAUCGGAAUUAUUUUAUCUCACUGAUGCCACACAAAAUAGUAGUGGAACUCGAAAUUUUGUUAAAUCACGAAUCAGGGAUGCAGAAUUCAUCCAAAUAGCCUUAAAUAUGAAUCCAGUGUCAGUUGCUCCCCAAACUUUAACUGCUGCUUUUGUAACGGAAGCCGCUUUGGCUGACGAUGCCCUUAAGUACAAACUCCUUGUAAACCAUAUCUCGCCAUCAAUAUUUAACUUCAUUCAAGCUUGCACCACGUACGUCGAUGCCAUGACCACUCUCAGUACCACCUAUGAAAAACAAAAAAAUAUUAUCUUGGCUCGGCAUCGCCUCGCUACUAGAAAGCAACAGCCUGGCGAAACGUUAGCAGAGUAUUCGAGAUCUCUUGCCAUACUUGCUCGUGAAUGUCACUUCAAAGCUGUUACUGCUAAUGAACACCAAAACGAAACCGUACGUAGUACGUUCAUUGCCGGAAUAUUGUGUCAGAAAAUAAGAGAAAGGUUGCUAGAAAAAUCUACUAUGUCUUUGGAAGAAACAUUGAAUCUGGCUACAUCUUCAGAAACUGCUGAAAAUACUUCACGACUACUAACAGUAUCAUCUCCAUCAACGUCUGCUGUUCCUGUUAACACGAUCUCUGAAACUCAAGCAUCGCAACCACAGCUCAACUUGGCAGCAUCAAAACCUCAAAAUUUUCAUCACAGUCGCCCUACGCAAAGUGACCGCCGAUGCUUUUUCUGCGGUGGCAAUGUUCAUAAAAGAAUCAAGUGCCCCGCUAAUAAUGCCCAAUGUCAACUUUGCUCCAAAAAAGGACAUUUUGCAACUGUUUGCCGUAGUUCAAGACCAGGUCAACAUACCGUAAAUGUUAUUACCAUGGACGAUGACGACGUUACUCAACCUCAAGUUACUGAUUCUCAUUUGUCAAUGAUAUCCGCUGCUGCGCCAUCAAGCCUACGUAAAGCUACCAUUCCAAUUACCUUGAACAACUAUCAAGCAGAUGCGCUACUUGACACCGGAAGUUCAAUCAGCUUUAUCGAUAAGAAUACUGCUCUAACCAUGAACCUUAAACGAAAGCCCUGUCGACAAGCGAUAACUUUAGCAUCUCUUAACAAUAUAUCAUAUGUUGAGGGACUAUGCUACGCUACAAUUCAGAUUGGUGAACAUAUAUACCAGCAUCAACCUCUGCUCAUUGUCGUUGACGACGACUCGUCGGACGAUGAAGAGCAAUUAGAAAUGGAGGAGGUCCCUUCCAACGAAGCUCCACCUGCUAGCCCAGAAGUGGAGAGUACACAAGUUCGUCGCUCUGUUCGAGAACGCAAACCUCCGGCCCACUUUCAAGAUUACGUCUCUUCA